UCACCCUUUACUAGUAUUCCACUUCCGCUUCUUAAAACCCUAAACCCUACCUCGCUAUUCGCUUUCCCCUUCGUUUCCAUGAUCGAAAUCCUUCAAAUUCCCAAUUAUUUUGAUUAUAUUCUACUUAGAAUCAUCUAUAAGCUUCGCUUUGAAUCGGAUUUUGCAUCGUAGUGUUUUUUCCUGCCAAUUUUCAGUAAAUUUUUUUGGUUUUUUUCCCCAAUUGUUUUGUUACGUAAUGUAAUAUCCCGGAUGAUUUGGGGGUGAUGUGGGGAAGAGUUUGGGAAAGAAAAGGAGAGGUAGAGAGACAGAGGGAGAUAAGGAGUGAGAUUGUGGGGAAGAGAGUAGGGUUUUAGAAGAAAUAGAGAAGAGUGGGAAAAGACGAGAAGGGGAAGAAGAUUAGAGGAGAAGAAGGAUAAUUGGGGAAGAAGCAGAUUCCAUAUUUCAUUUCAUUCAUGUCCCUGUUUGCCAUACAUUCUCGUACUUAUACUUUGAUCCGCCAGUCCUCUUCUUCGCCCCAACUACAUGGAUUCCGUCGGACCUCCCAUCGCCCUCUCCGAGCUUUGAGGAUGCCCUAGCUCCGUUGUCCCACCAGAGCUUCGCCCGGACCACCUCUCCCGGGACUGCUCCGUCAAGCUCGCCUGGGUCCUUUCGAAGGCGCUUCUCGUCGGACCCACCUGCCGCACCUCCUCCUCUCCACCUGCUGCUGCCGCUUAUUCUCCUUCUAGCUAGUAAAGCUGCUACCUUUACUCCUCUUCUACAUCUAACUACUAAUACUUGUUAUCUUCCAGGUUCUUGUUACACAUAAGAGUGUUAACAUGGUGCGAUCGAAGCCAUCUUCUUCGAAGAAACCAAAAGGCGGAGUCGAUUUUAAAAAAAUAAAGCGUAAGAUUGGGCGGAAACUGCCGCCACCGAAAAAUGCCACCAAUACUGAAAUCAAAUCCAAAGCAAUUGUUCUCCCGGAGCAGAGCAUGGCAGCAGACAGAGGAGGCUUAGCAGUAAACAAGAGAGGUUUAACACUAGCAGAGCUUCUUAACCAGACUUCUCACCACAAUGUGAAGAUUAGGAAAGCCGCCUUACAUGGUUUAAAGGAACUUUUCAUCAAAUAUCCGUCAGAGCUAAUGCUACACAAGCCCAUUAUAGAGAGGUUAUGCCUUAGAAUGUGUGACAGUGAUAGAGUUGUUCGCGACAUUCUAUAUCACCUCUUGAAAACUGUGAUCUUUCCAUCUUUAAAAGAGGACAUUCCAAAGUCUACUAUUGAAGCGUUGAUUAAAUAUAUUAUUGUUGCAAUGACACACAUUUCAGUGGAUAUUCGACUCACAGCUUUCAAGUUUCUUGAGCUUGUUAUUGCCAACUUUCCGUCUUCCUUUUUCAUGUCUGGUUCUGAGGUUCUUGAUAACUAUGCCGAUAUUCUGAAAAAUAGCCAAAUCCAUAUACAUGACAAGAGCAAACUCAAAAGUAUUCUCGGUGCGCUUACUCAGUGUCUCUCCCUGUUGUCUAGCAAAGUGAGCAAGGAGGAUGGGUCAAAUGAACAAGAACAAAGUAUUGCUCAGCAGAGACUUUUGUUUGCUUUUAGACCUUCCAGUCAUGAAUAUGAUUCAGGGACAUCUUCUAUUGUCAAGAAACUCGAGGAUGUUUUUCCACUUCUCGUUAAUUGUUUCAGAGAAUCUGCUUCAUUGGUUGAUGCAACUUCAAAUAUAGAUGAUCGAUCAUAUGAUUGCCUAGUAUCUUGUCUUCAGUGCAUAAACCUCGCUACUAAAAUACUUCAUGAUAUGGAGGAUUUCGCAAUCUUGGGGAACUUACAGAAAUUAUCAGAAGUAUUUCCUUUUGGUCAGAAGAAUAUAUACACUGAAAAGGAAGAUGACAGAUUCUUCAUCCUGAAUGUUAAAGUUGCUGAAAUACUUUUGCUCAGUGAACGGAUUAGUCAGAGCGUAUAUCUUCUUGAGUUCAUUGAGAACUUCCUUCUUCGGAAGGCUGGGACCCAUUCGUCACCUACUAAGGCACAUGUGGAAAAGCAUUUUGGUCCAUUAUUGCCUUUUAUUCCUGGGAUUAUAUUGAAGGCCACAGAGAGCUGGAAAGCACGGCUACUAGAGGCUUUUACUUUUGCAUUUAAAGAUUGUAAGGCGGAUUCUAAGUUAAUUUUGGGUUUUUUGUCUGCUAUCAAUGAAAUGCUAAUAUCUUGGAAUACGACCUGUGAGCAGCCGGCAUCCAAUUGUUCAGAUUUGUUGUUUGACUAUCAGAUUACUUGGAUGCGAGAGCUUCCGAGGAUUUUAUUGCAAUUAGGUGAUAAACACGUCUCAGUCUCAAAGGCCGUUUUGAAUCUUUUAUCUCGAAUUGGCCAGACUUCUUCAUCAAACACUCAUCGACGUACAGAGUAUGACAAUCUGCAGUGGCAAUUAAAAGAGUUUUAUGCUGUUCAAAUUAUUUCAGGAACAAUAUCUUAUGGGCCCUUCUUGAAGCACCCACCUGAUAGCCAGGAACUUGCUAUUUCUUGUUUCUACCACUUAUCCAACAUAGGUUCAGACUUUCUCGAGUCGUUGACGUCUUGUUGUUUAUGCAAUGAGUUGGAACCAUCUACUUUACACAGGAUAAUAGAGGUUCUACAGUCAUCAUAUGAACGUGGUUAUCUUGACAUAGCAGGACAUCUUGAUUUCUUGGCUACUUUAGUUGUGCGAUUUAGAGUUUACCCUGAGAAAUAUUGUAUCGAAAAGAGUGAUGGGAAGGUCUCAAAUCGGCGCACUUAUAUGGAUCUAUGCGAUCAUAUUUUCGAAUGUUUCAAAAGAAUGGGUGACACUUCCCUCGUUCUGGAAAUACUGUGGAAGAAGAUAAUCGUCGAAAUGUCAUUGAUGCCGCCAAUGGACAACAUGAAUGGGUUGCUAGGAAUGAUUGCUGCUCUUGACAAUAGAACUGGUAGAUUUCCAGAAGAGGAUGUCAAUAAUCUUUCCCGCUGGAUAUCUUUUUACAUGGUUGAUGCUACUCUUUACGUCCCGGAAAACAUUGAGGCAGUUUCUCAAAAUGACGAGAACUUAGCAUUCAAGUUCUACCUGAUGCCGUGCAUAUCCCUACUUCGCGGAAAUCACAAGCUCUGUCAUUCUGCAUUAGAGUUACUUAAUUCCUUCAUGAUGGACGACAAUUCUUUGUUUCCUUCCCGGUUUGAUGUUAGUUAUUCUGUGGAGCCAUCACGUCGAGUUCAUGCUGCCGCCUCUAUUGUUCUCUUUUUGUGCGGCGAAAUGAGACUCCAAAGAGCUCUUCGGUCAAGUAAAUCAGUUAUAAAGACUAUCUUGCAGAACAUGCAAAAUCUGCUGGGUUCUGACAAAUUUGCCCGAACAAUUGAAGAAAAGCAUAAGAUACAGUGCGCCUUCGACCAACUGAAGAAAGGAACAAGCAAACUACAAUGUUUGGAUGCAGACAAACUCAGAGUUUAAGAACAGUAUUUAUUAUAAGUGCAAGUAACAGUGCGAACCAUGGUACAUUCCAAAGCAAACCAUUGCGGCCUCGCUGAAGCUGCAGCUAUAAAGAGAAGCGCUUUUCGAGCCUCAUCCUGUACUAACAUCUCUGGUCUAUGCACUGAAUGUAAUACGCCGGUCCAGUAAAGAUUCUAAAAGGAGAAAUUUGACUGAACAUAGAACACAUCGAGAAUAUGUAUUCGGGAAAUGAAAAGCUCUUUUUGCUGUUCUCCAGUUUUGGAUGUUCGUAUCACGAAAGUAUACCGCGAAGCCAAUUGGGUUGCUGAUUGUUUCGCGAAUUUUGUAAGAUCAAUUUUGUAAUUCUGCCUUACAUCUUUGGGCUU